GGCUGGGCUGCCGCCGCACGGCUCCCAGCAAGAUGCCCGCCGUCUCCAUCCUUUACAAGGGAGCCAUCAUCAUCAGCAGGACGCUCAUGGGACCGUAUGGAAUGGAUCGGGUCGUGCAUUGCUUUGACUUCUACGACUGUGCAAAUGGGCUGGGUAUUAAGGUAAUUGGUGGUAUCAAAGAGCUCACAGGAGAAGAAUAUGGAGUUUAUGUCAAGAGGAUCCUACCAGGGGGUGUUGCUUAUGCUGAUGGUCGCCUGCAACCAGGAGACCAGAUCCUGGAGGUCAAUGGAGAUUCCCUAAUUGGAGUUACAAGUGAAAGGGCUGUGGAUAUCCUGCGAACAGCGUCUGCCACCAGCCACAUGCGCCUUCUUAUAGCCCGAGAUGACGACGCCAGGAGAGAGUUCUCUGACUUGAUGGAGAAGUUUGGCUCUCAGAGCAAUACAGGUUCAGCACGGAGUUCUCCUGUUCUGCAUAGCGGAAGUCGAUAUCUGGAAAGUACAUCCUCGGGGUCCUCCUCCCGUUCGCAGAGUCCGCUGCUCCUGAGCCCUGCGAAUUCUCACAGCCCGGUCAUCGGGAACUCGGCCCACUCUCCUCACUCACAUUGCUCUAUUGAAUCAGGAAUCCAGAGCAUCUCUAUAGCAAAGUCCUCCGGAUUGGGGCUGACAAUCAGUGGUGGAUCCAACAGGCCUGAUGGCCCCAUGAUUUAUGUUCAAGAGCUUAUGCCAGAUGGUGACUGUUACAAGGAUGGUCGGCUCCGUCCUGGUGACCAGCUAGUUGCUAUCAAUAAAGAUUCUUUGGUAGGCAGCACAUACGAAGAGGCCAGGAAAAUAAUUGCAAAAACCAAGAUCAGACAUGAUGAAAACACAGAAGUGGCCUUUAUUCCUGGAAGGGGACGGUUACAUCCUGGAGUGUCAGUUCAUAACAACAUCCACUCGCCACCUCCAAAGGCUGUGGGAAAUGGUCUAAAUUCCUGCAGACUGAAGGUCCAUGUGAGGUCCCCAGAGAAUAGACAUGAAAAUCUCUUUCCUGUGCCUUCUUUGUCACCAGACAUUUGCCUGCCAGAGCUCACUGUCUCAGCACCUGCUUCAGCAUCUAAUCAGAAAGCAGCUUCGGGCAACAAACCAAAAGUAGCACUGGAUCCCCAUAUUCGUCUCAAGGAUGGAAAACUGGAACUGGUUCUGCAAUAUCUUGGUCUGGAAGUGACUGAGGAGAAGAAGAGGCAGUUACGGCAAAGUUUGACAACAGACUCGCAGGGAACAGUGGCCUAUGGAGAUUUUCUCCAAGCACUCAGGGAUCUAAUGCGGGAUGAGCUGGAUGAGGCCGGCCUCGACUCCAGCACAAUGCUCUUCACCCAACACGAAGUGGCCAGUUUGCUGGACACGUCUGCUUUUCACUCGCUGACUUUUGAUUCUCUCCACUGCAAUGGCAAUGAGGAGCUGGAGCAGCUGCAGCUGGAAAUGACAGAUCUGCGGCAAGAAGUCCGGCGGCUAAAGUCUCUCCUGAAGGAGGUAGAGACCAGUAAGAAGUCAAUGGAAGAUGAACUUCAGAGGCUGAACCAGAAAGCACUGGGCUUCCUCUCUGAGAACCGGACCCUGCACAACAAGCUGCAGAUGGCAGAAGUGGUGCAGAGACAGGCGCACAGCGCAGAGCAGGACUACGAGGAAGUGAUCCACUUGCUGGAGGCUGAAAUUGCAGAACUGAAGACGGAGCUGGCGGGGAAGAAAGCAAAACACGUCUCUGAAAUAGAGGGGGACAUUCUGGAACUGAAAAGGCAGUUGUCCCUGGCUGAUGGACAGUUACGAAAAUCAGAAGUCUCACGGAAGCGCCUGGAGAUCUGCAAUAGGAAACUGCUCCUGUUUGUGCAGAAUGUUCACAAGGUCCUGAGCACAUCCAGUCAUUUACCAGAUGAGAAAAGAGUCAACAGUGAAAGAGAAGAGGAUAAAACAGACGCAGUCUCAGAUACAUCUCUUCCAUCUUCAGAUCUUGUUGACCUUUUGCUAUCAGAAGCUAAAGAGCUGCUAGCACCAAUGCUCUCCAACAAGGAUGCUUUGCCAUGCGACUGGGACCAGUGCCUGCCUACCGAAGGAAUCUCAAAUUACAAGGACCAUCUUCAUCAGAAGACCACGUGGCCCCCUCCCUCAAGCCCGAACAAGAGUGAUGAGCCACAGCCCCAGAGUUCAACCAACAAGCUGCCUGAGAAGCCUACAUAAAUCUCCCACAACUUUCUCUUGCUCAGAACUGUGCAUAUUCAUAACACAGCUGCUCUCCUGGGAGAU